UCUCACAGCGAGUGUUAAAACGAAGUGCAUUCUGUUUUUCGUCUCCGGGUAGCGAGUACACUGAAUGACCAGGGAAGGGAAAUUUUUGAUUAAAAAAAAACAAACAUACAAUAUACGUCAUGUCGACGCUUAUUCGGCUAAAACGCCGCAAUGUAGUUAUGUAUUUAAACGUAUAACUUUAGUUAUGAGGACACAUUAUAAUUAUGUCUUUUAAUUAUUAUUUUUUUAAAGCUGUGUAAUGUUGUCACUUCCGGACACGCCCCAUCUCUUCCUGUAAACAAAUACUACGUCAUUUUCUCCACUUUUCGUUAGUCGUCUGUGUUAUUAUUUAUUCUUCUUUCGGACAAUGGCUCAGGCCGGUGUAAUUCUGGACAAGGACCAGUUCAACUGUUCCAUAUGUCUGGACACGCUCAAGAACCCGGUCACUAUCCCGUGUGGACACAACUACUGCUUCAACUGCAUUCGGGAGCACUGGAACCAAAACGACAUCUUGGGCGUCUUCGCCUGCCCGCAGUGCCGUCAGAACUUUAACCCGAGGCCAACUCUGGCCAGGAACACCAUGUUGGCUGACGUGGUUGAGAGAUUCAAGACCGUUGGACUCAAUGGCGACGUCAUCGAGAGUUUCGCCGAGGCAGACGAUGUCGAAUGCGACGUGUGCACGGGGAGAAAGAACAAGGCUGUCAAAUCGUGUCUGGUUUGUUUGGCCUCGUACUGCGACCUCCACGUCCAGCCUCACUACGAGUCUGCUGCUUUCAAGAAGCACAAACUGGUGACUGCCAGCAAACAGCUGCAGGAGACGAUCUGUCCCAUUCACGACAAGCUGCUGGAAGUGUUCUGCCGCAGCGACAACCAGUGUAUCUGUUACCUGUGUCUGGCCGAUGAACACAAGGGUCACGACACUGUGCGGGCCGAAGAGGAGGUGCAGCACAGACUGGGGCAGCUUAGUGACAUGCAGCAGACCUGUCAGCUGCAGAUUGACUACAGAGAAAAACAAUCUGAAGAACUGAAACAAGCCAUUGUCUCGCUCAGUCGAUGUGCUCGAGGAGCGAUAGAGAAAAGCGACGCCGUCUUCACUGGUCUGAUUCGGUCGAUCGAGCUGAAACGUUUUGAAGUGAAGGAGCUGAUCUUAGCCCAGGAAAAGACAGCCAUCGCUCAGACUGAGCAGCUGCUGUCUUUAAUCCACAAGGAGAUAGCAGAGCUGAAGAAGACCACAGCAGAGCUGAACAGAUGUUCAUACACUGAAGACCACAUCCCCUUCCUCCAGAGCUACCAGUCUCUGCCUGCUCCUCCUGCUCUGUCACCUCCCCUCUCUUACAGACAACACAGUGAUUUGCCCAUAGGUGCUUUGAUGGAUGCUGUGUCAGAUUUCAAAGGACUUUUGGAAGAAGUCUGCCAGGGAGGGUUCAGCAACAUCUAUGAAAAAGUCAAAGACCUAAUAAUUGUAGGUCCUCUAAAUUCUGAUCCAUUACCCGGACAAACGGUGGCACUGAUGGACAUUUCCCCACGAAACAUUGAAUGCAACCGAAAUCCUUUCAUCUCUGAAGGUUUUGUACCUAUGUUUGCCUUGUCACAGACUGGUACCAGACCGUCUACAGUUUUUAGACAGAAGAAUUUGCAACGACGCAGUCACUCAAGAAGAAAAUAGAAUUCUUGGCUUACACAAACACGGACUGAAUACUUUACAUUUGUAUGGACAUGCAUGAAGUGAACAUUUGAUUUAAUGUUUGCCAAAAUUUAGCCAACUGCUCUUGAGAAAGAGAGAGAGAGAGAAAGAGGAUACAAGUGGCCAAAAUGAGCGGGAGAUACUCCGAUCAUGUCCCACUGGGAGAAGACCCAGGACACGCUAGAGCAAAUAUGUUGCUCGGCUGGCCUGGGAAGGCCUUGGGAUCCUCCCAGAAGAGAGCUGCAGGAAGUGUCUGCUGAGAGGGAAGUCUGGGUGUCCCUGCUCAGACUACUGCCCUUGCGACCUUACCCCUGAUAAGUGGCCAAUGAUGGAUGGGCUCUUGAGAAAGAAAAAAUCUCAUAUAAAUUAUAAAAUUAUAAAAAGGUUGUAUUAGAUUAUCCAAAUGUUUUAAAUAUUAGGAAUAAUUUACUAAAAUCUUGUGUACAGUAUUAGCCUUGGUUUUAUUUAAUUUAUAAGCUUACAUUCCAUUCCACAUUUCUGAAAUAUUUCUGCCAACAUUUUUUACACCAGUGUUGACUGAACUGUAUUUUAAUCAUGAUUCAUUAUUUUAUUCUAAUAGAGACCUGUAGCGUUGUUUUGUAUUUCAGUUUGGGUUUCAAAUACUUGGUGAUGUGUAUGGGGUAGAAGGUUGGAGAAUGACUGAUUUUCUGGCUUAGUGUAAAACCUGUUUUCUGAGCCCUAACAAGUGACUAAGGAAAUACUUCUUGGGGGAAUUUUUUUUUUUUUUUACAUUAAAAUUGUACAUUUAGAUUGCAAACAAAUAUGUUUGGAAAGUGACAACCACAACCAUACGCACCCCAAUGUAUUUAACACAAGUGGUAAGACCACAUCUCACUCUGUUGUGUUUUAGCAGUUGCAAGAAAAUCAUUUGGAACUAGUAUUUCCUAAUGAACUGUGCUUUUAAAAUAUUUUAUAUUCUGAGAACCAAAACCUUGCUGUGAAUUUCCCCACUGUGUGGCAAGUAAAGGACUUGACUCAAACAUAUGCCUUAUAUUGCAAAUGUAAUAUUUUAUGAUGAAUUUUGUGUUGACAUUAAAGAACAAUCACACUA